CCCUAACUAAGUUUUAGGAAUAUCUCAAUCUUUAUUUUUCAAUCUCCUAUAUAUCUGCAAUAACCAGAAAAAAAGCCUACUUUUCUCCCGAAAUAAAAAGAAAAAAGAAAAGAAGAAGAAGAAGAAGAAGAAAAAUAUGACUGCAAACAAGAAUGAAUAUGACAAAUCUGAAGGCCAGUGGACAACAAAUCUCUUCGAUUGUUGGGAUGAUAGUUCUCUUUGUGUGAAGACUUGCUUUUGUCCAUGUGUUACCACAGGAGAGGUUGUUGAGAUACUUGAUCAAGGGGCUACAUCUAAAGGAGAUGCUUGUCUUCUUGCUUAUGCUAUGGGUUCCAUUCACUGUGGAUGGAUUUAUGGAAGAAAAUAUCGAAGAAAAUUGAGAGAACUUUUCAAAUUACCAGAGACUCCAUACUCGGACACUUUGAUUAGUUGCUGCUGCUGCGUUUGUGGUAUUUGUCAAGAGUACAGGGAACUUCAAAAUCGCGGCGUCGAUCCAUCCCUAGGAUGGGAAGGUAAUGUGGAGAAAUGGAAACGAGAAGGAGUAACUGUGCCACCAAUUCCUACAUUUACCAUGGGUCGUUAGGCUCUUUUAUCUGGAGUGCAGUGUGCUUGUUUGUGCUAUGAGUUUUCGUUUUCUUUCUUUGAUAUAUACCUUCCAAUUGGAGCAAAUGUAGAAUGGUGUUGUUGCUACAAUAUUUGCUUGAUUGUAUUUGGUAGGUGUAGUGACGGAGCCAUAAUUCUCGCUAAGGGGCGUCCAAAUAUAAAAAAGUAAAAACACGAUGAAAUCAAUUGACACUCAUUGAACAAGGGUGCUUCCGCAACUGAUAGUGUGUACUGUUUAACUAUGUAAUUAUUACAUUAAUUAAUAAAUUUGUUUGUUGAAUGAUGA